AUGUGGCGUAGCGAAGACUGGGAAUGGGUCUUCGUCCCAUUCCAUACCCCUCGAGAGCUGCUGAUCCCGCUCGGCGCCCUCUUGCUAUGCCUACUGGCCGUUGGAAUU